UGGGUUCCCCGGGACGCGGCGUGUCACGUGGUCCGUGGGCUGGUUCCCAGGGCACGUGCUGGGCUGUUGGGGCUUGGCGGGUUGUCCCAGACAGCGCAGUGUGGCUUUCCGGCAGGCAGUGGGACUCCGAUCGUUCUUCGCGCGCUCUCCAGGAACUCAGCCAUCCCCCUGCCUCUGCCUCCAGAGUGCUGGGAUUAAAGGCGUCCGCCAGCAACGCCGGCCCUAGCCCCUUUCGUUAAGGCCGGAGGACCCGGCGUGUAAGGCCAGAUCCCGCUACCAAGCGAAUUGGAGGCUAUCCUGGACCGCAGAUUGAGAUCUUCUCACAAAAAUACUCCUCCCUCCUAAUACUAGGCAACUCUGAACCAGUGCAAUGGCAAAAAUGGAUGUCAGCCUGUGGUCCUCUCACGAGAAGAUGUUGACACAGCCCCUCAAGGACAGUGACGCCGAGGUUUACAACAUCAUUAAAAAAGAGAGCUACCGGCAGAAGGUUGGAUUAGAGCUGAUUGCCUCAGAGAAUUUUGCCAGCAGAGCUGUGUUGGAGGCCCUGGGAUCUUGCUUAAAUAACAAAUACUCCGAGGGGUAUCCAGGCCAGAGGUAUUAUGGUGGGAAUGAGUUCAUUGAUGAACUGGAGACACUGUGUCAGAAGCGUGCAUUGCAGGCCUAUCAUCUGGAUCCUCAGUGCUGGGGAGUCAAUGUCCAGCCUUAUUCAGGCUCCCCUGCAAACUUCGCUGUGUAUACUGCCCUGGUGGAGCCCCACGGGCGUAUCAUGGGCUUGGACCUGCCAGAUGGAGGUCAUUUGACUCAUGGCUUCAUGACAGACAAGAAGAAAAUCUCUGCUACAUCUAUCUUCUUUGAAUCUAUGCCUUAUAAGGUGUACCCAGACACUGGCUACAUCAACUAUGACCAGCUGGAGGAGAAUGCCAGCCUCUUUCACCCGAAGCUCAUCAUUGCAGGUACCAGCUGCUACUCUCGGAACCUGGACUACGCACGUCUGCGAAAGAUCGCUGAUGAUAACGGGGCUUAUCUCAUGGCAGACAUGGCACACAUCAGUGGGCUGGUAGCAGCUGGGGUGGUACCCUCCCCUUUCGAACACUGCCACGUGGUGACCACCACAACCCACAAAACCCUGAGAGGCUGCCGUGCUGGUAUGAUAUUCUACAGAAAGGGUGUGCGCAGCGUGGAUCCCAAGACUGGCAAAGAGAUUCAUUAUGAGCUGGAGUCACUCAUCAACUCUGCUGUGUUCCCAGGCCUCCAGGGGGGCCCCCACAACCAUGCCAUCGCUGGUGUUGCUGUGGCCCUGAAGCAAGCCAUGACAACAGAAUUCAAAAUCUACCAGCUCCAGGUGGUGGCCAACUGCAGGGCUCUGUCCGAGGCCCUCACUGAGCUGGGCUACAAAAUAGUCACAGGUGGUUCUGAUAAUCAUCUGAUCCUAGUGGAUCUCCGUCCCAUGGGCACCGAUGGCGGAAGGGCUGAGAAGGUACUAGAAGCCUGUUCUAUUGCCUGCAACAAGAACACCUGUCCAGGUGACAGGAGCGCCUUACGGCCCAGUGGACUGCGACUGGGGACCCCAGCAUUGACAUCCCGUGGACUUUUGGAAGAAGACUUCCGAAAAGUUGCACGCUUUAUCCACAGAGGGAUAGAGCUCACCCUGCAGAUUCAGAACGACAUGGCCGUGAGGGCGACACUCAAGGAGUUCAAGGAGAAGCUGGCAGGGGAUGAGAAGUACCAGAGUGCUGUGAGGACUCUCCGGGAAGAUGUGGAGAGUUUUGCUUCCAACUUCUCAAUACCUGGCCUGCCCGACUACUGACAGCUAGCACAGCCAGCAUCUACCACGAGGGUAGGACUGCUCCAGGACCCCGUGAACCCUGUACCCUCUCAAGAGUGGACAAUUGAGCCUGCACUGUGCUUUGGAGGGUGUUUCUGACAGGCUGUUCUCGUUUCAGAUUCUGGAACAGGUUACUAAGGACUAUAAAUUUGAAACUUCACUUCUCAGCAGCUUUAUAUAAUGAAUUAUUUGGGGAAAAAAGUACUAUGUAGCCAUUUGAUCUCACUUAUUGACUGCAGCAUGAGGCAGAGCUAUUAAAGAUCCCAGAAUUCUU